AUGAGCAAGGAAAUUAUAGGAGACUUGAAAGCUAGUCCAUCGGCAAAACCAAAUUACGCAUCGUCCCAAGAGCUUGGCCACCCUGCGGUUGAAGCCGCCGACCGUCCUAAUGGGCCGACGCAAGCUCCGAAGCGCACUGUUGCAGCAGAGGACAACCAGCCAUUAGCAUCAACGUCAGAAGUUCUGCCGCCAAACUAUCGUCUCGUGUCGGUGCUAAUUCAGGGUCAAACCCAUCCAGCCAUCGAAAACCUGCCCGUCGAGGUGUUCCCCUGCCACACCUUCUUCGACUUGUGCGCCACGGCCCUGGCCCGCGUGCGGGAUGCGCCACAGGAGUACGGCAUGCAGGCGUUUCUCGUGGUCGGGUCGCAGGAGAUUCCCCUGCAGUACCCCCACACACCCGCCUGGGACACCCUGAGAAGCUUCUCCUCCACCGCCUCUGUGAAGUUCCACCUGGACCCCGCAGCAGCGGCGGGUGGUAGCAGCGCGCGGGUGGUGCGACUCAGCCGGCUGGCGGUCGGGCAGCGGCGGCAGCGCCGCUGGUUGCGGCGACUGGCGCGGGUUGCCGUGGGUGUAGCAAAGUUCGUGUUGAUGGUGGAGGCGGCGGCGCUGCUGCGAGGAGGCGUUCGGGGAGCACUGCAGCGGCUCACAGGACGUGGCGGCAGUGAGGAUGGCGACGGCGACGGAGGUGUGGGCUACGAAACCGAGGCUGUACUGGAUGCAGUGGCGGAUUACGUGAGCGGCCGGGGGGACUUGCGCUCCCUGGAGCGCUUCGACCCACUGGUCGUUCGUAGGGCACUGGAGGCCAUGGAUACGGAGGUUCUGGAGCAGCUGGAUGUUCCGGAUGUGGACGCAACAAGGGAGGCUGUCUCAGAGCUGAUCAGGCAACUCCGUGAAGGUGAGCAGGCAGCGGAGGCCGCCUCCGCCGCGCCACCGUCCACGCCAUCCAGCCCUGCCGAGGCCUCCUGGCGCGCGGACGAUUCUGCAACUUUGAAUGGUAGUGGCGGCGGACCAGGAGUUACGGGGCCUAGGGGGUCGGCGGCUCCUAGCAGCACCAGCGCCAGACCGUCCGACCAGAUGCAUGUAGCUGGGGAGGGGUCUCCGGCUGUGGACGAGCCUGUGAGGCUGCCCGGCUUUGGGCCGUCGGCGGCAGUAGUAGCCGGGAGUGGCAGCGGGCCACGGUCCCGUGGCCAAGGCACGUGA